AUGUCUAAGAUAGGGCGUUUGUCCGAAUUUGAUACAGCUCACCCUGAACGUUGGAGCUCAUACGUGGCCAGAGUAGAAAACUACUUUCGAGUAAACCAAGUUCGGGAAGAUGGUCUCAAAGCUGCAACGUUACUGCCCAUUUCGUUCCGUGCAAGGGGUUGCCAUCCUCUGGUAAGCUGGCCAAAGUAUUCAUCACGCAGGUCCAUUGAAACACAAAGUACCAGCUCAGAAGAGAUUGUACCCAGCCCUCCUUCACCACCCCCACUGCCCCGAAUCUACAAACCCUGCUUUGUGUGCCAGGAUAAGUCAUCCGGCUACCACUAUGGUGUUAGCGCAUGUGAAGGAUGCAAGGGCUUUUUUCGUCGCAGUAUCCAGAAGAACAUGCUGUAUACUUGUCACCAGGAAAGAAACUGUAUAAUAAACAAAGUGACCCGGAACCGCUGUCAGUACUGCCGCCUACAGAAGUGCUUUGAAGUUGGCAUGUCCAAAGAAUCUGUCCGGAAUGAUAGGAACAACAAGAAGAAAGAGACUCCAAAGCAGGAAUGUUCAGAGAGCUACUUCAUUACACCUGAAGUGGAGGAUCUCAUUGAGAAAGUGCGCAAGGCUCAUCAGGAGACUUUCCCUGCCCUCUGCCAGUUGGGCAAGUACACCACAAACAAUAGUUCAGAUCAGCGGGUAUCUCUCGACAUCGAUCUGUGGGACAAAUUCAGUGAAUUGUCCACAAAGUGCAUCAUCAAGACGGUUGAAUUUGCCAAGCAGUUGCCAGGCUUUACCACACUCCCAAUUGCUGACCAGAUCACGCUCCUCAAAGCUGCCUGCCUCGACAUCUUGAUCCUUCGGAUAUGCACACGCUACACCCCAGAGCAGGACACCAUGACCUUUUCUGAUGGCCUGACACUCAACCGCACUCAGAUGCAUAAUGCAGGCUUUGGGCCCCUCACCGACCUGGUCUUUGCCUUUGCCAACCAGUUGCUGCCACUUGAGAUGGAUGAUGCUGAAACAGGACUCCUCAGUGCUAUCUGCCUGAUAUGCGGAGGAUUAAAGUCCUUUGUCUAG